UCGGCCCGCUGCAUCGAAAAAUAAAAGAUAAAAAGUUAAAAGAGCGAAUAUGUUAAAAUACUUUUGGUAUGUAAUUAAAAAUUUUUGACUAAUACUCUUCUGCUUAAAAACCUAAUGCGAGUAGCAGAAAUGAAAAUGCAACGCAUUUGGUGUCAUUCGUGCUAUUAAUUUACUGUGAUCUUACGUAUAAGAAUUAAUAUAGCUGUUCUACUGCCGAACAUCGAAAAAUCUACUGAGUUAAUUUUUCUUCUGAAUCAUAGCGUAUUUUUUAAUAAUGAAAUGUUCUAAAGAUUGAUUUAAACAGUGAAUUAUAUAGAAAAAAAUCCGGAAUUUGUGUGUAAAAAUUUUUUGAACUAGUGGAUCAUAUACCGCGACGUUGCGCAGCUCUGAUGCUACCGCAACUUAAGGAUCUGCACAGCAGAGAUAGCGCAGUCACAGACACGUUGCAAUCGUGAUCAAUCAAUCGUGCAAUCGUGGCGAUUGCCAGCAACAUGUGCUUCUAAAAAUAUUAUGAAACAUUUGUACCAAAACAUGAAGUAUUUCCGGAACAAGACGUAGUUCCGAAACAUAUCUUAGUUCCGAAACAUUACGCAUUUCGUUUUGGAAAGUACAUCUCGGGAUUACGAGAUUAAAAUCUACGUUUAACUGAACCAAGCAUGGGUUGUGGAUCAUCACGAAGCCUGCCUGUGACCCCCGAGUACAAUGGGGGUGACAGGAGAAAUAGUUUACCGCUGCAGUUUAACUCAUCAGAAAAUGAUGCAAUAACUGCAAAUGUUAACGCGGAUGGAAGAGAAGUGGAAGGCGGAGGAGAGGGUGGAUACAAUAGGAGAGGAAGUGAAAACGAAGAGAAUAAUUCAACUCAGCAAGAGGAGGAUGAGGAUGAAGGAAUAUUCGACAUGAAGAAGGAUCCCGACCAAUUAGGCAGCAGCAGCGGCAAAACAAUCAGUGGUAUCCUUACGGACAGAAGGAAUAUAAAGGGAGGCGACUCGCCCCGCAACAGCUCAGGUAGAAGCAAGCCCCUGGCGUUCGAGGUGGCGGCGGUGGGGGAGGGAGGGGAGUCGCUGAUAAAGCGACAUCCUCCCAAGAAGUUCCAGAAGCUGGAGGAGCAGCAGUCCAGUGAUACCAACAUCACGCAGGAGCUGUUGGAGGAGAAGCAGGCUAUUGCUGAGAGGCGCCGCAAGCAGAUCCUGAGCCAGCGCGUCAAGAGCGCCAAGAAUACGAGCGCCAGAAGCGAGCAGGCGAGAGCGCGGGUCGCCGAGAGCAAAGAAGUCGAUCAGAACGAUGAUGGACCCAUUGAGAGCGCCAAGCUCAUCAGCCACGAUAAUGGCAUCUGAGUGCUGGCGACUUUACGUGUUGUUCAAGAACAAAAUUUAAGGCCGUUAUUUAUUAUGUUUCUUGUCUUUGAAAUUAUUCAAGCUAUAGCUCUUUCAAAACAUUAAUGUUGUUCAAGAACAAAAUUUAAUGCCGUUAUUUAUUAUGUUGCUGGUCCUUUAAAUUGUUCAAGCUAUAGCGCUUUCAAAGCAUCAAGCAUUAGUUCCAGAAUAAUUGAAUUAUUCAGAUUGCUAGUUUAUUAUUGGAACAUUUCAUAAUUUAGAUUUUUUGUUAGUUGCAAUAUAUUCCUGGAAAUAGAAUUCAUUUUCAAUACUAAGGCUGGCAUCCAACAGUCUGAUUGCCGAAUUCUCUUGCUGCUUAGGAUGUUUCUUUCAGAAUAUCUAUUGCUUGGUUGCAAUGUAUCGGUUACUUAGAAAAUAGGUUCUGGGACCACUAAUUUACCGUAAAAUAGAAUUUUUGUAGUGGUUUUACAUGAACAAACGUAUAUAUAUAACAAAAUGUGUUCGACACCGGACGUAUUGGGAGAAGACUUGCACCUCAUGUUUAUCAAAUUGUAUGAAUCUUCGUUAUUAUAUUAAUCUUUUUAUUCACGUUCCCUCUAAUUCUUGAUCCGAUUAUUGAACAAUCACUUACACUGAAAUUACCACUUAUAAUAGGUAUUCAAAUUCCGCUAUACGACUAAAUAAAACAUCAUUUGAUGGGAUCCUCUUGAAAAUAAUUAAAAAUUUAACACAGUUGGUCAACUUUUGAAAGUAGUCUAGAUAAUUUUUUUUUUGUCAUGUAAAUUAACACGUUAUUCACCAUGAGUAACGAUUAUUUUUUUGAUGAAUUAUAACCCAUGCAUAAGAUUUUUAAAUGAAAUGAAAAUUUGAUCGAAUGUGGCAGACGUUGAAUUUGGUGAUUUUAAGUACCAUAUAAAAUUACACGGAGUACGGAAGUAGAAGCCUUUUUGAGGAGAAAUAUGUGCACAGUCUCAAAAUCAAUUAACGCUUUAUAAACUUUUGCGUUAAACAAUUAUUUUAGGAGGGGUCAAUUAAAUUAAUCAAUUAAAGCUUUAUAAACUUUUGCGUUAAAAAUUAUUUUCUUCGGCCGGUGAUGAGUGAGCCCAUUAGUCAUUCCGUUAUAAUAUCCAACAUAUUAAAACUUGUUUGGUAUUUCACAGUCGAUAUUUGUUUUCUCAAAUACUAGUACCUAUACAUACAAUAUACAAGUUUCGUUUUCUUGAAAAGUUAAUUUAAGUGGUCUGUGCAGAAUAUCGUUAUUGAAAUAAGGGCUCCGUAAUAAAGUAUUUUGUUUCAUGAAUGAACCAGCUGAUAUUAGCAUAAAAUUACAUUAUUAAUAUUAUUUUUCAUUCAAGAACUAAAUAUAAA